UGCAUCCCAGACCCUGGGAAUGAGGUCCCUCUGCAGGGCUUCUGGGAAAGGAACAUGGCAGCUCGCCGUCUGCGGUCUGGGCUGGGCCAGCUGUUUGCGACAAGGACUGCGCUGGGGCGCGGAAGACGAGCUUACAACAUGUCCCAGGCCUUCGCGGAGGUUCUACGGCUGCCAAGCAAGCAGCUGACGAAGCUUGUGUUCCCGCUUCAAGAACUCGAGCGGCAUCUCGUCCCGGGCUCGAGACCGGACUUUCACCUUAAGACCUUCGACCCGAGCCUGGAGGAUAUCGCGAAGUCCGACGGCGUCUUCACGGCCACCGUCCGGAACCGCAUCGAGUACCUCAGCUCCGCCGUGAGUCUCGACCACGCCCCGGACCUCCUCUGCCCUGAGGUAUGUUUUAUAGGCAGAAGCAAUGUUGGAAAAUCCUCUCUCAUAAAAGCUUUAUUUUCACUUGCCCCAGAGGUUGAAGUUAGAGUCUCCAAAAAACCGGGGCACACAAAGAAAAUGAAUUUUUUCAAAGUUGGAAAAUAUUUUACAUUGGUGGACAUGCCAGGUUAUGGCUAUAGAGCACCUGAAGAUUUUGUCAAGAUGGUAGAAACCUAUCUAAAAGAACGAAAGAAUUUGAUGAGAACAUUUUUGUUAGUGGAUAGUGUUGUUGGAAUUCAAAAAAUGGACAAUAUUGCCAUAGAAAUGUGUGAAGAAUUUGCAUUACCAUAUGUGAUGGUAUUAACAAAAAUUGACAAAUCUUCCAAGGGACAUCUUUUAAAACAAGUGCUUGAGAUCCAGAAAUUUGUUGACACUAAAACACAAGGAUGUUUUCCUCAGUUGUUUCCUGUAAGUGCUGUGACCUAUUCUGGAAUCCAUCUGUUGAGAUGCUUUAUAGCAAAUAUAACAGGAAAUCUUAAGACUAAUGGCUUCCAAGUUAGCUGAAGAUUCAGAAUUCUCUAUGCCAGCUGAAGUUAAACUAAAAUUUCAACAUUGUUUUAAAUGUUGUGUAUGUGUAACUUGCGGAAGGAUCACUUCAGCCUAAAAACCUGCAUCUUCCCAAAGCCAAGAAUGAACUUCUGCCUGGGUGGAAAAUGUUUAUAAAUGAUUGAACUGUGUUGUUCAUUAGGACGGAUGCUAGCAGUUUUUCCUAUUUUAACAAACUGACAAGAGCACGUGGAAGUCCAUAAAAUGAAGACCUAUUUACUACUGCGUAAACAAGGGUUUGCCAUGUAUUGGGUUUUUGUCUUUUAAAGAGAAUGUCUAUUAAGUGUAUUUUUUUAAUGUUACAAUGGACUAGGUAAAAAGAGGGCUACUUUUCUGUUAAGCACUGAUAGGUAGGUUGAAGAUAAAUUCUCCUAUGUAUGGCUAUAAUUUAUCUUUUUUCAGAGUCCUUAUUUAAAUAUGGGAAAAAUUAUUCUUGAUAAAUUUCAGUCAGUCCAUGCUGGAAACGCCAGUCAUUUCACCUUCAGGUGACCACAGGAUUCAGAAUCAGAAGACUAGAAUUCAAGUUCCAGUUCUAAUAUUUACUAUAUGUUGGAAAUUGGGCAGAUUACUUGAGUUCUCUGGAUUUCUUUUGUUAACUCUUACCUUAGAAGCUAUGAAAAUUAAAAUGUGAAAAAGACAUCAGUAUAUUCUACAUAUCUGUAAAGCAAAACCAACCCAGGUAUACAGCAAGAUGCACAGGUGGAUUUAUCACAGAAAACAUGUGGAGGAAAUAAUAUCUUAUGUAGUCAAAGACAAAAAAAAAAACUAGUUUUAGGUGAGAAAAGUGAUUUGCAAAGGGUAAGAGAAAAAAAAGUUGAUGGGGCAAUUUAGAAUUGAUACAUUAAGAUUCAGAAUGGAAAGAUAAAAGCCUUACUCUGAAUGAAUGUUAAUGGAAAGUAUUUUUAUGAAGAUGCUACUGACCUAUUCUUGUAAGUGGCUUUGCUGUUAAAAGGUCAUAGCAAUAGCACUGGAGAAAAAAUUAAGGUUGUAAAACAGCUUUGUAGCUUUUUUUUAGAAAAUUCAGUUCUGAAUAUAUUUUCAGUUUUAGAAUUGACAUGCUGGUCUAUUCUAACUAGCAAUGUUUUAAGCUUUAAAAAAAAGACUGUAGGAAUUCACAAAGUAAAAUAUAUAGUAACAAUAGAAUUAUCUUAGAAGUCAUCUUUCUGUUAGUGUUCCUUUAUUGCUUGUCUUAGCCUUGUUUCUGGUUCUAAAAGGAGAGCUCAGAAUAAAAGCUUGCAUGCAGUAGUUUAUUGGGGAACAGGAGUGACAGAGAAAUGAAACAGAUGGAAAGCCAGUCAAAUGCACUGAGUCACAUACCACAUAGGGUGAUGGGGCUUGGUCUUGAGGGACCUGAGGAGUCCUUUGAAAUGUGCCUCUGGAUUGUCUUUGAAGGGAGUUAGAGGGCAGCCCCAUACCUCUUCCAGGCUGUACCCACGUGGUUCCUGUAGCUUGUCAGAAGCCAGGAGGCAGGGAGAGGUCUCUGGAACAGAAGGCCAGAAGGCAAGGUCCAAUCCUACUUGAAACUGGUUGCCAUAGUAGUGGCUUAAGUAAGAGGCCAAGAGGAUUUGAAGUGACACAUGGGAGGUCUCACCACACUUUUGGAGAACUCCAAAAGCAUUUUAAUAUGCCCUCCAAUGAGAUAAGGCGAACAAAUGAAGUGAAAUAAUGGCUGUGACCACUCCCUAGUAAUACAAUUAGUGGCAAAACUUUGAUGAUCAAUUCUAAUAUACAGAAAACUACAACCAUUAAAAUCUACAAACCUUGGGUGUUCAGAGGUGUACUUACCUCCAGUGGAGCCAUUAAGGGUAAAAUGACCUUUUAGGUGCUUCGUUGCUACUCCCCAUUUACCUAAGGCAUAGAAUAGGUUUUGCAAACCAAAUUAUUCAGGUCUUAAUUGAGUCAAAAACUAUUUAAUAGUCAAAUAUUUGUCGAUUAAAUGACACAAAACUAUGAUAAAUGUUUAUUGAACUGAAAUGAACUGCUGUACAAUGUUGCACUAAAGCAGCUCUAAGUCCAAGUGGUACUUCCAGAUCUUUCCAGAUCUCAGCUGUUCUACUUAAAACAGCAAAACACUGGACCAGUUAGUUAAUUACUUAAAAGUCUUACAUAUGAGCAUCUAAACUCCCAUCAAAGCAAAAAUAUCAUCAAUGUCGUGUGUCUCCUUAAUGGUUCCUGUUGUAUUAUGUUUGUUUAUUUGCAUCAUUGUCCAAGAAUCAGUUUCAUUUUCAUUGCUUCCUAUAACAUUUUCAUGUAUUUGUUUCUCCUUAGUUUGUAUGACAGGAUUUGAAACUCUUCUACGCAAGAGUUGCUUAUUGUUAGGAAAGAGAUCAGUUCUGCGAACUGCAGGGUGUGAGAGUCUCCCUUUAUUGGUGUGUGUAGCACUCUGAGUCCCUUGAGGUGGCUGCUGGACUUCCUUUAAAAGAGUCGACUGCAGUUUUCUCUGUGGUUUCCUUCGUCUCAUUGAAAAUUUAUUCUGUGAUCUUCUUCGUCUCAGAUGAUGCUUUGAAGUUUUGCUACCUGAGCCAUGAAGAAGGCAGUUGCAAACAGACGUUUUUAGGCACUCAAGUUUCUUUGGCAAACUUAAAAAGACAGAGAGGGAAAAUUGGAGAUUAAGAUGCAGAAAGACAUUCUCAAAAACUUCUGUCUCCUUUUUGCCAACUUCCAACUGAAAAAUAUACAAUUUAUAUUUUUGCCUGUGUACAACUCCAGAAUCAUAAGGAAUAAGGGAAUAGGAGUUUCAAAUCAGAUCUGUGUUUUCAGAGCACAACUUCCCUCUGAUUCAGAUUGUUGGCAAAUGUGUCCCCAUUAUGUUACCAAAAUAAAGUAGCUCCUGUAACUAGCGAGGUAGCUGAAUGGUGAUCUCCAUAUUUCAGUGCCAGAGCUUUGCCUUGAUAAUGGCUAAUAUGUUCAUACUUUAAUAGGAGAACUAGGGGAAAGAUGUAUCACAAAUGGGAAAUUUACAAGGAUGCGUCAACCCAUUUGUGGAUUAACAGCUUCGUAUUAUAGCAGGAAAUAGUCAAGAAAAAGGGAGUAAAAGUGAAGAGGAAUGAGAAAACAGAGCUUCUGGCAAAGACAGAAUGACAGCCUUGAGCUACCCUAAUUGUGAUUCAUAUUUCAUCUUCAAGUCUGGGAAUUCAGAGCUCAAAUGGCUGAUUAUUUUAGGUGUUUUGUUUCUGAACAGGGUGUACUGCCACAAGGUACCUCCCUAACUGCCUCACUCUUUGGGAUAGUCAGAUUUCAAAAGAUUAGCAUGAGUCUCUCUACUUCCUAACCUCUCCUCUUCCUUUUUAAACAAAUAGAGAAGUUUGAGGAAGCCCAUUUUAAUGUAGUAAUGCAUGAUCUCUGUUUCCAAACCAUUUAGUCUUACUAUAAAUGGUGAUUUUUAAGUGAGGAGAGGGUAGGUGUACUUCUCAACUGAAACAGAAAUAGAAGUAAUGAAAAUAGAAGAAUCAGAGGAUCUGAAUUGAGUUCUAGAUCUCCAAUUCUAUCACCCUGAGCAAAAUCCUCUAUUUCCUCAUCUAUACAAUGUGAAUACUACUACCUACCUCACAGAGUUAUUGUGGAUAUUAAAUCAACAUAAAAUGUACUACACGUAUAACAUAUUACUGAAAUAGCAAAACAGGGCAGCUCUGUUUUUGUGGAGUAUAGAAUAAUGUUUUAAUCAAAUAACUACCAGUUUGUCACCCUCUGCAUUAACUUUUAAUUAUCUCUGCUUCAUCUACCCUGACUUUAAAUGCAAUCCUGAACAAACAGCUCAAUCUCAGGCUGAGUUUCCACCCUAGAAUAGAUCCCUUUUAAAUGGCUACAGACCUUUAGGGGAAGCCCAGUGUAAAUAAACCCUUCCAGCAGUUCAUCCCUUAGGAAUACUUAACUUCUCCCACAGCUCUUAAUCAAAACAGAGCUCUCACAAUGUAUCAUAUUUUUUUACUAAGACAAAUACCUUUUCCAUAAAUUUUUAAAGAAAAUUUAACAAAUUUUAGACUAAGUGAUUCAUCCAUGGGAACCACUGUAAAGUCCUGAACAGAUACAUGUCUGUAACUAUACAUAAGAAAUAAUGGUGGAUGCCCAGAGAUACAUAAAAAGCUGCUCAGAGUGAUUGCCUCUGUGAAGGGGGAUAAGGAUUUUUGAAGCCAUUUGUGUCUCAAAUUGUUAAACAUGAGCAUCUAUUAUUUUUUCAAUAAAAACAUAGAACCCUAAA